AUGAUUUCUAAAAUAUUCUCAGUCGUAUUGGGUUUAUUCAUAGUGAGCAUAGUUAGUAUUGUUCAAUUGGCACCUGUUAAAUCAAUUAGUGAUGGUAUUCUAUCAUCUCAAAAGACGGCAGAGCGCUCUGCCAAACUCAUACAACCAUCAAUAAUUUCGGCUAGUCAAACAUCUACCGGCUCUCCUGUUUCAGCAAACACGACUACCGUAGCCCAUGGGAUCAACGAUAUUAAGAAGAAACGUCAAAUUGAUAACUAUGAACGUCUCGGUGAUUUCUUAGAUGAUGAAAAUACUCCGGAAGAUUUAUUCUACCCGAAAAUAAAACAAUGGCCAAAGAAAAUCUACGAUAAUCGAGAUAAAUCAGUUGAUACAGACAAGACAAAUGCCUUUACUGACAUCAUCAUGAAUCCAGAUGAAUACAUUAAUCUUGCGCGAAAACGCCGUAGUAUCAAUUUAAAUUCAGCAUCUAAUCAACGAAAUAAGCGAUCUCUGUCACUAUACAACUUAUAUAAUACUGACCCGUUGUACGAAGCAUUAGUUGAACGCCAACAAUACGCCAGUCCAGGUCGAGCUUAUGCUGUCUACCCGCCUACAUAUGAACGAAAUGUGCGCGCAGAUUUUGCUCCAUAUUUUUAUGACUCGCCUCAAUGGAAUAGUGCUUACGCGAAUGCUAUUGAAAAUAAUGAAAAUCAAAGUCCAUUUUCUUUGUCUGAUGAUGACGAUGGCGAUGACGAUGGUUACCUUCGUUUUCCAGUUCUACCAGAAGCAAAUUAUAUGCCAUUCGAUAAUUUACAAUUGCAGAAAGCAUAUCAAUAUGACAACGCACCAAUCGAUGAAGUUAAUAAUGAUGAUGACGAUGAAGAAUCUGUUUAUAUGCCUUACGAACGAAUCGAAAGUCUUUUUCAAUAA